CUUGUCAACGCAGGUCCCAAAGGAGGUGAGGUGCAUAUUUUAUGCCAGGGCAGCGACCAUGCCACAUUAUUUCCUCAGGCCCUGGUUUUGUUGUUGUCGUCUGAGUCGUUUAUCAGGGGCAGGAGGAGACAAUCUGGACCGUGGCUGAUUUCGAGCUAGGUACUUAGCGACGUUAAGAAGAUUAACAGACUCUUAAGUACACCAAUGCACACAGCUCAUCACUGUGUAGACAUCCUCAAUACAUUUCAAUGAUUGUACCUCUCUAAUGUUGGAGGAGAUGUCGUUUAAGCAGCUUACAUUGUCAAUUAUCAUUUACAUCUUUUAUUUAAAAACAGGCCAAAUAAGUUUAAAUUUUCAUCUUGGUUUUGAUUGAAAUUGUCUAAAACUAGGUCAGACUGUAGUUUUUUGAGGUGGUGGAAUUGACUGAGCCAAAAUCAGUGAGCAAAAUAGAGAUGGGCACGGCAGUUCUUUUAGAUGUACUGAAUCACUAGAAUCAGUUCACUAAAAAGAUUCGUUCAAAAGAUUUGUUCACCGAAUCACCAAAUCAUUUAGUGCUCAGUAGGAGAAGCUUGCGACUCCGACCUCCUGAACUGAUACACAGCUGAACGUUCAGGAUUCAGUUCAAUUCAUAGCUUCUGGGACCGGGAGACAAGAGUGUUUGGCUGUGUUGCUUUGGCAAACAGGUUUGUAAAAAUGAACUUUUUUAUAAGUCAUGAUAUUUGAUUAAGUGUGCUGUCUUGUGAUAUGCUAUUUACCAGGUCUGCUCGGUGAAUUGGGCUCAGUGAGUGAUUCGUUCACUUAACGUUUAGAAGAACAUGCAUUGUUCCUUAGCUAACUGCUGCAAAGAUAUAAUGCUGCAGGUUUAAUGCACUACUUGUUACAUGUUGUGUCCUAUUGAAUGCUAGUUGUUGUGGCGACAAUUAAGCAGUAAAAAAAAAAGAAAGUUAGUUUUGCCCGAAAAAAUGAUUCCAGAGAGUGCAGUUCAAUGCGUGAUUUGUUUACCAAGUGAUUCAGGCAUCUGUGCAUGCAGUCCCCUUUUCCCUGGCUGCUUGCUUGGCAAUGCUGCGUGCCAUACCAGCUGUGCCGCUGACAGCUCAACUGAAGUGAGAAACGAACAAAUCACUUGAGGAAGUGAUUCUGCUCAGUACGUUGCUUAAAAGAUUUGGUUCUUUUGAACGAAUCGUUCACAAACGACACAACACUAGAGCAAAAGAAUCAAGCAUCAGAGUCCACUAAAUUAUUUUGGAAACACUGUUUUUUUUUUUUUUUUUUUUAAUCUUUUUUUAUUGAUUUUUUUGGGCAACAAUACAUGUAAACAAUCAGUAGUACCUUGUGAAAAAGAGUGAGUGGAGUGUGAAAUGAGAUGAAAAGUGCCUAUAGUAAGCCCCCUCUAUAUUUAUCAGUGAUGGACAGAUCAAAUAUGCCAAGUAGCAGACAUAAAGAAUUAUUAGUUAUAUUAGUAGAUAGAAUCUUAAUUUCCUGUCCAAUGACUUGCCAGAGCUGUUAUCUUUUCCAACAAUACCACAAUGUGUGAGGCUACCAGUUUUUAUUUUACACUUGGGGCACAGUGGAGAUGAAUUAGGGUUAAAUUUAUGAAGUUGAGAAGGAGAAAUAUGAGCCCUGUGUAGGAGCUUCAGUUGCAUGGCCCUCACUCAGUUACAAACACUCAGUGUUUUUGCGCUCUCUCAUGCAUAACUCCAGCUAUCAUCCAUUAUACUAACAUUAAGUUCUUUUUCCCAUAGUCCUUUCAGAAAACAGGUGUUUGUGACGUUGGAAACACUGUUUUAAAGCAGCUCACCUCCACCUGGAGAAACCCUGCAGCCCACUGAUCUUCCCUCCCGCAGCUCACCUUGCAGGUUAUUGCUGUGAAUGUGACACCUGAUUAAAUCAAGAUUAAAACAUUUUGUCAUGGGCAUUGACCCGUUACAUUGAGAUGUCAGGCUUGCAUUGAUGAGAAGCAUUAACAUAUAAUAGAAAGAAACAAGGGCGUUUAAAGGACAGCUUAAUGCAUUGUAGGGAAAUCUAUUAAAAAGCAAUAAUGCAGCACAAUCCAGCGUGACCUUGGAUAACAUUUUAUCCAGCUGCUGUGUUAAAAAAUACACAAUGGUGAUUUAGUCUUUACCAGAAGAGGGUGCCAUUUAGUCAGUGGGAAUCCCAUAUUGUAAAUCAUAGUGGGGUAGUUAGAUAAUCCUAUUAACAGACCAGUAAAACCAGUCUGCCUCGGUCAGAGAGACAGAUCAGGGUCACCUUAUGGGAUUUAAAAAAACACCUAAGCAGAGCAGCGUGAACAACAGAGUGAGAAAAACAAAAAAAGAGCUGCUGUAAUGUUAUAGAAAAGAAAUUCACCUGACAGCAGAUCUGAAAUAAGGCAUAACCAAAGCAAAAUGUUUUCUGAAAAGAAAACAUCUCUGUGAUUCCCCCAGAAAACAGGGAGUUAAUGGCUGAGGUUUGAGGGUUACAGGAGACAUCAGGCUGAACACAUUAUAUGAAAAAGGACAAAUCAAUAUACAGGAGGGUAAAAAAGAGAAAAAGAAGCAACCAACACUCAGCUAUUAUGGUGUGAAACAGCCACAAUUCCUACAGCUUCAAUGGCUCUAUAAAAGCAGCCAGUGUAAAAAGGUAGUCUUACAGCCUGUUGUUAAACUACUGCAUGAAAGGGACAACACAACAGGGGUCAUUUAAGGAAAUCGCACACACGAUUCAGACUCAAAUAAAUCAGAUUAAAAAUAGUUACAUCCACCAUGACUCUGUUAAACACCAUAAAUCAUGAAAAUACCAGCUGAACGUCCUGCACCUGUAACCAAAGCCAGCUGAAAACACACAAACGUAUUUCUGCUGUAGAAAUGAUUAAAAAAAAAAACGUUGGGAUAGCUUUUAAAAAAGCUUGUACAUGUCCUUCUUUGAACCUAAAGGCUGAGAAGUUUCCUUGAAAUUUCUGCCCGGUCCAAGGAGUUUGGAAGGCGAAAUAAAUCACAAAAAUUUCCAAUCAUAUUUCAGUAUCUUUCGUCAUCUCAAUGUCUUCUUUUUUACUUCAUAAUGAGGUUCAAUGCGAGCAGGAUAUCCAAAAGAUAUCUCCUGCAUAUUUAAUGAGCAAAUACAUGUGUCUAUUGAUCUUGGACUGCAUAGAAGCAAACAGCUUGUGUUGACAGCACUCACAGUAACAGACAAAAAGAGCAGACAUGCAGGUUAUCAGAGAAUAACAACCCAAAUAAAUCCCAGAACUUCCAGAUGAUAACUACCAUGAAUAAGAAGAAACAAACUUCCUUUACAAAUGGUAUUCUUUGGGUUGAGGGGCUGUCUGGCUUAUCACUCAACCAUUUAAUCACAUUUGUGAGUUUGAGGCAAUUCAGGUGUUAUUUUUGUCCAGAAGCUAAACGCAACAGAAGGAGCAAACAAACCUCUUCUGUUCAAAACCCUGACAGGUCCUUACACAACACAAAGGGCAAGUACACAAACAUGACAUUUAAAGCUGAUGUAAUAUCUAUGAGGCAGGCUUGGCACUUGAUUGGAGGGGCACUUCUUGCUACAGUGUCACAUAACAUUAUUUAUUAUUUCAUCAGAUUAGAUUAGAUAGACUUUAUUGAUCCAUUUGGGAAGGUUUUCUCAAGGAAAUUAGAAUUCCAGCAGCACAAGUAUGUAGAGAAAAAAAACUGAAUGAUCAAAUUGAAUGAGAAAUGAAAAUGCAAUAUGCAUGAAGAAUAAAGAUAUAAUAAAACUUCAGAUGAAUUGAGUAUUUGCAUAUAAAAGUAAGAUAUAAAGCUAUGGACAUUUCAGUCCGUUGCUCCAGGGCUGUGAGGUAACAUGUUGGCUACUCUUAUUUUACUGAACAUAGAGUUAACUCUUUGGUUGUGAAAAAUAGCUUCAAUUUAGAUGUAUAGAUGCAAAAUAACAACAAUCAUGAAUGAAAUCUUUGGAGCACUUUAAAAAAAUGAUAUAUCCUUUUGUUCAUUGUUAAUCUCCCUGGCAGACAGAUACAGGGUUAAAUCAUGUAUGGAGUGAAGUUUCUCAAGUUAUGCUUAAAUCUAAGUGUCAACAAAACUCAUUUUUAUCAGGCAAAGAUGAGAAGAACACAUCAAAUCAGUGGACAACAAGCAUAAUUUAUUGCAAGACAUAAAAGCAUGUCAAAAGCAAAUAAGCUAAUUCUGUCAAGUUUUUAUUAAAUGUUUAAGUAAUGUAGGAUCCCUCUUGGAUUGGCCCAUGGCUCGGUCUGUAACUUUUUUACUCCUCACUCAAUAACUGUAUGAUUAAUUGCCUGACCAACAUUCAAAUUUAAUUUGGUCAUUCAAGGCAACUCAAGUGUAAAUCUUAUCCAAAAGCUAGAAGAAACAGAAGGAGCUAAGAGCAGAAUUUUUAAACAUCUUCUGCACAAAUCCCCAAAGGUCCUUACACAACUCAGAGACCAAGAACACAUAAUAUCACUUCACAAAGCUGCUGUCAUAUCUAUGAGCCCAGACUGGCACUUGAAAUUGUUAAAAGGGUUUAAGGGCAUUUUUUUUUUUUUUUUGCCAAUAUAUUCAGUGACAAAUCAGUUGUUAAACAUUCAUGUGUUUGUUUCAGAUUGUAAACACAAAACAAGACUUUCACAUUGUUCAUCAUAAGAGCAGCGAUCUUAAGUUAUAUCUCUGUUCAAUAACAAAAAAGAUGACCUCACAUUGAUUUUGACUUAAAUACCAUAUUUCAUCAUAUUCUGAUGGAAAUAAGUGUGACAAUAGUUAUCAUUUAAUAAUAAGAAUAACAGGUCAUCUACUGGCAUGAGCACAUUUUAUCACUAGACCUAGCACUAAAUCCAAACUACUUCAGCUACAUGUAGGGGUGUCCCGAUACAACUUUUUGACUUCCGAUACAAUACUGAUACUGUAGCCUUCAAUUUUGACCCAUACUGAUAUUGAUCCGAUAUUGGCAAUAAAUUGUGUGCAACACGUUUUUCACUCAGCUGCAAUAUCUUUUUCGGACUUAAACAAAAAAACUGCGACAAGGCUAACAUCACUUUACUCCUUGCUACUUUGUUAGUACCUUAGUACACACUGUUGUUUUUGAUUUUGUGGGCUCAGUUUGCUGGAUCAGGGCGCUGCUAGAUAGAGGUGCUGGAGCGGAGUCUGGAAUGGACUGCUUGUGUCAGAGUGCUGAUAUCGGAGAUUUUAGAUGCAGGCCGAUAUAAUCCCAUAUUCCUUUUUUUGCUGAUAUUGGACUGAUAUGGGAUUUCAACAUCGUAUCGGGACUCCCCUAGCUCCAUGGUUUGAUGCUAACUGUUGAGAUGAUUUGAUUCUCCAGCUAUAAGUGGUUCAUCGUUUUUCCUGUUACUUGUACUAGUUAAAAGUUCUCAUAGUGGUGUAUAAAAUGGGCCUGAUCCCUCUUGUUCAUCUGUUGGCAGGCUUUCUCCACAUUCUUGGUCAGUCCAGGUGGCCCACAGCUAAAUACACCAAUCUUAGCCACCUAAGGGUAAAAACACAUGUCAAAGUUUGAACUGAUGAUUAAUGUUGUCCAGACUUGUCUUUAGGGAGAAUUUCAAGACAACCAAGGUAGAAAAGGGUUGGAUGAAGGACUCACCUCAGGGUGAACUUCCUGCAGUGAGCUCAAAAAGGAUACCAAGGGCGGGCGGCCAAAAUGUGUGACUGACCGGAGGCCGGUAAAGAGACUGCGGUUCCACACUUUCUGGAAAUGGCGUUCACACACGUACUGUCCAUGAGAAACAAAGGUAAUAGUGAGCCAAGGUUUUUAACGUGUAACCUUCUCUUUAAAAACAGUAUUCAGACUGAGAUAAGCUAACCCCCUAGUUGCUGUGCUAAAUACAAAAGCAGGUGACAAACAAAGCUCAUUAUGAAGACUAGACAGAGUAAUGUUGUAUUUUGCAGCAGCAAAAGCAUUUUGCGAUGUUUUUCUACACACGGAAAUAGGAAAUGUAAAUCUCACCAGCAUGGUGGUGCGGAGGUCAAAUUUCUCAGCCACCUGGGUGAUGUAAAUAUGGACUGAGACCAGCUCCUGGGUGUCGAUCUCCUCCACCUCCCUGAUGAUGUCUGACACCCACUCAAACUGACGCUGUGUUCGUGUCACCCAGAUGAAGUACACCUUAUCAGUGAAUUAAAGAAGAGAGAUCGUUUAUUUGUGGUGAAAGCUUUCCACUUAAACAUGAGAAAUUCUGGAAUAAUGCGCUGGAACUUGUUUUAAUGUUCAUCAGCACCUUUUUACACUGAAAUUUGGACUUAAUAGAGGACUUGAACACAAGGUCUUUGAGGAUGGAGGCAAACGGGGUCACUCCAAUGCCUCCUCCAACUAGAACAGACACCUCAAAGUCAAUCCACUCCUGAUGGCCCUCACCAAAUGGGCCAUCCAAGUACAACUAAGGAGGAGAUAAAACACAUAUAUCAGCAAAUUGGAAAGUUGAAAAACAACAUUUCUCCACAGACAGACAAAGAUGUAACCCACCUUUGGAUAGGCUCCAAGCUCAAGCACGUUUUCUUCAGUGUAGAGCUCCCGCAGCUGACUGGUCCAGGGCCCCACAGCUCGAAUGUGAAGGCUUAGGGUCUCUUCGUGAGGGGCUGACGUCAGUGUGAAUGGAUGGUACUCAUCUGUGCCCAACAUUAGGCAUGCAAUACGGACCCACUGGCCAGAACGAUACACAAAGCCCUGCGGCCGCUUGAACUCCAGAUGUGUCACACCUACAGGUAGAAAAGUCAAGGGGAGUGUAAACUUCGAUACAGGCCACACUCAAACAUCACGUGAUUUCAGAGGAGAGGAUGGAAACAGCUUUUAAGGGGGAAUGAGGAAGACUCCUUGAGGAUUUUUUCCAGGUUAGUGUCACCUGAAGGCAGCAGUUCAGCUCGAAGCACUGGGAUCUCAGACUUCUUCCUGCUCAAGCUGAUAAGUUUGUCCAGCAGGAAGAGCAGCGCAGGUGGGAUUAAGUAGAUGUGGAAACGGGGCUCUUGGAUGAGGGCAUAGCUGCCGUGGAUAACUGUCUGUUGGAUGAAAACAAACCUAGCGUCACAGAUCUCGAAGUAUCACCUACAGUCGUGACAGCCAUGUGACUGCAGAGGGAGCUGUAAAGCCCAAAAAGCACUUACUAAGAUGUACACAACGAUGUAGAGGUAAUGUGUUAUCCAAAAUCCACGAAAACUGAUGCGACGGAAAUAGUGUGAGGCAAAAACAUACAUGAAUGCAAAAGUUAAAAGAAGCAGGACACCGGUCACUCCUAGGAAAGAGACAAAGCAGGAUAAAAAUAAGAUAUUUUAAUACAACACAAGCGGUUCAUGUACAAAUGGAGUUCAACACAAUCUUCUCUUGAUACCUGGAACAGUCUGAAAAAACCACCACGACCACUUCUUUGGUAGUUCAGACCUAGAAAUAUAAACACAGUGUUAGCUCCCAUAGAUUGCUCUCUCUAAAGUAUACAAAUAUUUGCCGAAAUAAGGCACAUCUGUCAAACAUUACCCAUCAUUGAUGAAGACUUUGGGAAACAGACAGGACAGGAUACUGAGGUCACAAAUGGAGAACAUGUAGAUGUUGACCACAUGGCCCAAACUGUGAACAACUUCAGUCGGGAUACAGAAGAGAAGUAAGCUCAUGCAAAGAAGACUCAACUGAAUGAAGACAUCAUCCACCUCUAAUUGUUAUUAAUGUGCGUUGUCAUUUCAUGAUUCCUUUUUAGUCCACUAACCUGAAAGGAUGACAGCCGUCAUGGCCAUGAAGCGAUGGAAAUCAAUGGCAGCAUCAAAGGGGAUGUAUCGGUUGAGGAAGGUCUCUCUGCACAGUGUAAUGAGGUUGCGACACACAGUAAGAAGCAUGUAGGGAAACAGGAAGGAGAUGGCGGCAGCAGUGCCACGUGCAACCACAAUGCCCACCACUGAUGUCUCAGGUAUGCCUGUGGAUUCACUCUGCAAGGCGUAGUCUGAAACAACGAGUGGAAAAGUUACAAUGCCCUAAAUGAAUCCAAAAAGAAGAAGAAAGCGUGACUUUGUGUGUAAUUUUUGUCACUCACAGUAGCAUCUUUCAAAAGCCACGCCUGCAGUGAUGCCGUAAACGAAGAUGAAGCAGACGAUGUGACGGCGGUAAUUCUCAAUGAAACGUUUGAACUGCUGGACCUUCUGCUGGACUGGGUUCCUUAUGUACUGCUCUCGCUUUGGUUUCACAUAGACAUCUGGAGUGUCGACACCAGCCCUGAAAUAUUCAAAUAACCAGACUUGAGCCAUCAGAUCAAAUCAGUGUCUAGUUUGUUUUUUCUGUCAUUUGAUACACGGUUCAAUAAGUUUCUUCAGAAAUUCCAGACCUUACGGUAAACUGAAAACAACAAAAGACAGUUUACUUCACAUCACGGUGCUCUUAAAUUCAUGCUGAAGGAACUUGAGGUGCAAAUGCAGAUAUAUCUGGAUGGCUACACUAAAUCUCUUCAUAAUUCACAAUCUGUUUUAGUUUUGCAUCAGAAAUGUUUUAUUUUUUAAUAUCGCUCAUGCUGUAUUGAGGAAGUUAAUUAUAGAAGCAAAAAGAGUCACAAACUUUUUACGUCUUCUUAACUCCUGUCCCUCCAGCUUGUGGCUGCAAACAAAAUAUAAGACAACUAUCACCAGGGAUACAUAAAUCAGCUGAGUACCUGAAAAAGCAACACUAAAUCAUCAUAUGUGACAAGCAACAGUUGUAGUUUACAGUCUGGUGAGUGAUUACAGUCAGUGUGCCCCGCUUCCUUACAUGUUUCCUGGACAGAUGAAGGAUACUCUCAUGUCUCGACUCAGCCGCUUCUUACCCUGUUUCUCCAUGCCUGCACACAUACACACACACAGCAAACAGUGAUUUAUCAGACAAGGUCAGAGAUUUACAAUAGAUCUUUUUAAACAAAGUUUUCUUCAACCUUUGACGUUGAGCUGAGCGAACUGCAGCUCUUUCUCAUGAUCCCGCAGGAGGAAAUGGAAGUCCUCCCAGGUGAUUUUCUCUUUUUUAUCAAAGCCUGCGGCCUGCAUCAUGGCCUUGAUGCCGUCCUCCGCCUGGCUCUUUGACAGAGCGCAGUUUGAGAUUUCAAUGAAAGACCUGCGAUUCAUCAAAAGAGCUGAGAUGAACCAACUGACAGAAAAAAGAUGACUUUGUGCAGUAAUGAAGAAAAGUCAAACCUGAGCAUCCUGGCGAAUUCCUCUUUUGAUAAGAAACCAGUUCCACCGAUGUCAUGCAUGCAGAAAAGGAGUUUGGAUUUUUCCUCAGGAGACCCUGUUUGAAAAAAAAUAAAAAUAAUAGGACUGUACACUGACCUCCAAUAAAUAUUACACGUCAUUUGUUUAGCUUACCACUCUUUUUAAAGGUGUCUGGAUCAAAGUCGCAUUGAAAAGUUCUUGUUCUUUGAUUCAAUUAUUUUAUUAUAGUGCUAAGACAUUUAAUUUGCAGGUACACAGUCAGAGUAGGUCAUACCUGGAGAACAGCUACUCAACAAUGAAAAUGAUUUGUCUUGAUAUUAAAGGGAUACUCUGGCGUAAAAUUCAUUUAGGGUCAAACACACCGUAACACCAAGCCUCACUGCCUAAUUUCUUUAGCAAAAAGACUAAACACAACUCACCUACUCUCUUCCAGCAGCUGCUUGUUUGUAGCGAGGCCUCGGACUGGUUCAUCAUUGACUGCGGUGGGGUGACAGAGCUCAAGGAAGAACGUUUGAUUCAUAUGGUGAUUAUUACUUCAAGGAAAUGAUAAAGAAAUGAUCAUAAAUGUUCUUCCUUGAGCUGCGUCACCCCGCUGCAGUCGAUGAUGGACUGGUCGAGGACUCGCGACAAACAAGCGGCUGCUGGAAGAGAGUAGGUGAGUCGUGUUUAGUGACUGCAAAAGAAAUUAGGCAAAGUUAAAAAGAUGUUUGGUGGCUAGUACUACGGCUGGGACCCUAUAUGUCCUGUUGAUAAAGUUAGGUGCUGUUCUGAGCAUUAUUAGUGGCUAUAGAGUGGCGUUUUGGUUGAGGUUUGUUUAUGGCUCCUGAGAUGGCUGUGUAUUGCUAUCCUGGUUGUUAUUAAAGUUGGUAUAACUAGAGAAGCAAGCGGUCGGCAACAUUCAUCUCUGGAGGGGGUGUCUAACUCGGUAUUACGAUGUGUUUGACCCUAAAUUAAUUUUAUGCCGGAAUAUCCCUUUAAGUUUUACAUGAUCAUCUAAAUGAAGUGUCAGAGACUUUCUCAUUCUCCGUCUGGGAACUUUGAAUCAUCCUCAUAUUAUUAAAUGCGCUUUAAAAAGAGAUUCACUUCCUCUUACACUGAAUUGGAACAAAUGUUUAUUUUGUGUUUGUGUCUCACAGGUAGACCCUGUUGGAUCGAUGCUUUUUACCUUUCAUAAAGAUGACCAUCACAUCCAGAAACUCUUGGAAGGAGAGGUAACCAUUUCCAUCUUUAUCAGCCAGCGUGAACAUGGAGUCCACAAACAAAGAGUCCGACUUGAGCCCCAGAACAUCAGCAAACUCUGACGCUGCCAGCUCACACUCCAGAACCUCCUUGGCUUUUUUGCGGGAAACGCCACUCAUGUCCCCGGCGUCACGCUUCUCAAUUUCCAACACCUGUGAACCAGAGAGAGCGUCACCAUAGUGUCAUCAGUGACAUCAACGUAAACUGAGGUUACUGAAUGCUCAGGAAUGGUGAAGUCAUCAUCAUGACCAACAAUUAGCUCUUUUGGCCAGAGGUUGGAGCUAAUUCAACCUCAAACAAGCGCUGACGAUAGUUUCGUGGCCGACCCUAAGUCUCCUGGUGCUGUUACCCAGCAGAGGAUGAGGUAAACGUCCAGAGGCUGACUGUACCUGAGAGAAAGCAUGGCGAAUGAAAGUUUCCACAAUUUGAGCCCUCUGCUCUCUGGUUAAAGCCUCCUUCAGCAGGUCCUCCUCUUUCAUCUCCUUCACUCUAAUCUCCUGCCUCAUGUCUGUCACCCCAGGGCGCAGACGCUUGACGAAUGCUGCACGUUUGCUCUCGUCAUCAAAAAACAGCACCUGGAUGUGCAAACAGGGAGCGUCAGGAGAAGAUUAAGGGGGCGAGAGGGAGAUAAAAGUGAUAUAAGCAGGUACAUCUGCAGAGUCAUGCUUGUAUUAAGGUGAAAAAUGAAAGUAGAAGCAAAAUGGGAAAGCUGUAUCUGCUUCAACAGCAAACAAUCCUCAAUGUGAACACUGAAUUUGGUUGUAAACAUUUACACAAAAUGCAAGAGCAGCAAGACUAAUAUUGAAGUCCUUUGUUACAUCUUGAGUGUUUUUUUUUAAUCAGGAACAUGAGGGUAAAACAGCUGGCUGCUCACCAGGUCAUACUCUUUGAAAACUUUGAGCAGCAGAGCUUUUUGGUGACGGUUGUGGGACAAAAGGACAUUCAGGUAGUCCUGGUUGCUGAGAUUAAUGCAGCGGUGAGCGGACCCAGAUCUGUCGAAGACCUGAAGCCUCCUUUUGUCAUCAAUCUCCACACUGACGGGAUGCAGAGGUUUUUUACGGCCUUGCCACUCGUAGGCUGGAGAGCAAAGAAAUUGAGUUAAAAUUGACUUCAAUUAGCUCAGAUGUGGAAAAAUACUGUUCAACCCGAGCACUGACUUUAUUGUACAUCUUGGCUCAUACAGAGAAUAUAAUUGAUACCGAAAGUAUAGUAUAGACAGAUUGUUUCUUACCGUGGAUUCCCAGAGCUGGCCCCUCUGUUCUGUCUCCAACUUUCUUUAUUUUCUGAAACUUUCUGUAUCUGUGUUUGCGGAGCUUCGCCACCAUACAAGCCACAAGAAAACUAACUGUGAAAGUGAAAUAACCAAAGCUUAUUAACAGUUACACAGAGAAACUGCUGAUUGGCUAUGUCUGUAUUGUUUUUUCUUUGUUCACAAAGAGAUUCAUUUCUGGGUUUAGUACUGACCAACAGGGAAGAGGAAGAGAACAAUAAUGAAUAUCCCGAAGCCAGCUUUGCUCCCAUCAAAGUAAUUAAGUGUGGUAACUCGAGUGCAGGGAUGGAGCAUCGAUGCAUUGAGCUGAGUGGGCUGAGGACAAGGGUCACCUGAGGCAACAGAGGGACUGUCUUUUAAUCCGUUUUUUGACUAUUAUGUAAUUUAUGCAGUCAUGAAUCAAAUAUAGGAGACCUGUUUGUACCGUUUGUCCAGAAGAACACGUUUUUUUGUAUAUCAGCGGAUUCUGCGCUCGUAACUGCAAUCAGGACAUCAUGAAAGGUCACAUUGCGGAUUCGCUGUAUCUCUUCAUCUGUAAACAAACUGCAAAACAUCCAAAAGCACACAACCAUUGUGAGAGGACUUAAACGUGUAGAGUUGAUAUUAUCUCAAUCAGUAUUCAAGAGAUGGUUAAGAAAGGUUGAGGUCCUCUCAAUGUCAAUUUCUCUCAUUCUUACAUGUUGGUUUGCCUCUGCCCUGCCUCUCUAUAACACUAGCAAAUUCAUUGUUGUUAAACUUUUCAAGUGACAAAUAUUUCAAAAACUUUGGAACUGAAAUGACAUUUUUCAGAGAGUAUUUUUACUUAAAAAAAAAAAGCUUUUUAGACUUCUGUCAACAAAUUUGCCCUUUCUCUCAGGGGAUCUGGAAACCAGUUUAUCUUCUCUGUCAUAAUGGAGAAAUUUCCUACAUAAGAUCCAGAGAGUGUUGAUCAUUUCAUUCGUCAUUGAAGUGCAUUAUCCUCGUUAAUUUUGGUUAGACUUUAUCAGUAAUCAACGAAUACUUUGAAAUUUGUUUCUAUUUGACUUUAAGUGAAAACUUUACCCAUUUUGUUUGUUCUCAAACCAGAAGCGGUCUCCAUUUCUGAUUCGUUCAAACUGGUCCAAGAUGAUGGCAGAAAAAACUGGACCUGGACCAUCCUGAGACUCCAGGAGUCCUCCAGGAAACAGCUCCAAUUUGGUGACAUCUCUGUCGUACAGUUCUGCAACACCACGUAACAGCUGUUGAAGAGGAACACAAGAUUUACUUUGAUUCACAGUUGAGUUCUUCACUUAUCAUCCUUUUUUAUAAUGAGACUCUGUGUUUCACCUGUGGAUCAGUUUUAUUGAGCUCAGGAUUUAUGUCCCCAAAGGUAAUAACAGGAGGGAGACCCAGAGCUUCUCUGACCUCAGUGUAACUACGAAGACCAAAGUCUCUUCCUCUUUGGAUGGUCACAGCAACCAGAUCUGUCCUGCUGAACCUCAAGAGUCCAUACAUGAAGUCUGCAGAGUGCAAAUCAGUGUAAGUAAAUGAACAAAAGGAACAUAUUCUCUUCGUGAAAUUUAUAAUGAUUUAGGACCACUACUUUUAUUUUUCAUUUGUAAUAAACCUGCUUCUGGUAUCAGAGAAUAAGAGGGAUUAUAAACCUCUCAGGUCCUCCACUACAACAUGGUCCUCUCUCUCUGCAAUCUGCGAAGCCAUGCCCAUGAGGAGGUCGUCUACAUCCUGACCUGUCUCCAUAUUGACUCGCUAAAAAAAAGUAAAAAAGGCACAGCUUUAACAACAUCAACAUCAACAUCUGCCAUCGUAAAAGUAAAAUUUAAUCGCCUUGAGGCCCACAGAUACAGCUUUAGCAGAAGAAUUGAAGUGUUUCUCUAAAUAUCCUCUUUUGUUCUCAGACACUGUAAGUUCUGACCACUAGAGCAACAACAGUUUUUGUCAGAGUUUUUAUACUGUGCUCUGAUACUUUAACUCUGUCUUCAUAAAUACACAAUAGCACACGUCACAUCACUUGACUGUCUACCUAUGGUUUAAAAGAUGCAUAAGGUCAUACAAGAAACAGGUAAUUCUAAAUAAAAGUAAGCAGUAUCCACAAUAAAAAGCGGAGAUUAAAACUUCUGGCAGUCUAAACUUCUUCCGCACACUUGCAGAAAAAUUAUUGCCAUAACAAACCUGACGUUUCCAAAAGCUGUUGCAGAGACGCAGUGCCGGAGAAAGGCUUCCAUCUGCGUUGACGGUCUUACGAAAUUGGCAGGUUCUGUUUCUGUAGGGAAAGAGUAGACUAUUUUAUUCCUGUCAGUUUUUACAAUCUCCAUUAUAGUUUCCAUCUGUCUACAGUAGCACUUGAUAAUGUCACACUUCAUUUUAAACCCUGUAAAUAUAGCUUCUUCCAUUUUCCACAUUAAGCCAUAGGGAAAAUAUGAACAAUACCUCAUGUAAACACCAGGUGGGGUCAUAGUGAUGCUAAAUUUCAUAACAGCAGCCUCGAACUCAGGAGAGAUUCCUGGAUCUACAAACUUCUGGUAGCCUGUAAGUAGUUAAAUGUGCAUGUAUAAGCAAAAUAAUACAGCAAGGAUGGAAUAAACUACAGCUGGAUAAAAACCUAUACUGAAAGGCCCUUUAAAAUUGUUCAACAGCCAAAGUGAGGCGCCAAAAGCUCAAUUUCUGUGAAAAAAGAGGAGUGAUUAAUGUGAUGAUGCUCAUCGGACCAUAGACUUUCUAACUUUCUUUAGCUGCGGCUGCCCUGUCAGCAGAGAAGGGAGACUCAGGGUUGAUACUUUGCUGACGGAGCACAUACUUGUCAACGAUAGCUCACCUUACCACGGCUUGUGGUCACCAGAGCAUUACCUGUUCUCCUGCAGUUGUACGCACACGCACUGGAUGAUUCUUACCUGGAUAAUCAGGAAGCUUUUUGUCUCUAAGAUAUCCAGGCAGCCAUUCGUAGAGAGCGAUAUUCUGUAAGGAAACAUACAUGACAAAGAGGUUGUUUUAUUUACACUAAGCAUUCACACAAUCACAAGGAAUUAUGAAGAUGACACCCUGCAUGUCUAUUUUUCUGUGUGUUUAAAAUUCGGUUUUGCAAUUACAUCUUGAACGGCUGCCACGGAGACAGACUCAACUCAAACAAAUUAGAGAUGGUGCAUUUGGCAGCAAACUUCCAUCCAUAAAACCGUGACCUCCUGAUGAUCAUUUUUUUCCAGGAUGAAAACUAUAUCAGCACCUGUGCAGUGCGAGCCUUACACAGAGAGACUCUUUCCUCUACCUGGAAUGUGGCCACAACAGUCUUCCUGGCAUUUUGAAACAGCUUUUCAUCUGACCACUCUGGGUGUUCCUCCUGUAGUUUGGUGGCGACAUAAUUGUGGUAGCGAAACCAGAUAAUCCCCUCUGCUGCCGUGAACAAGUUCUCAUUGGCCCAGGCAUUUCCCAACACUGCAGAGAUAAAGGCGACACAAAUAACAGGGAAUUCUGCUAUUCCAUCACUAUGGCUCACAAACAAACACAGAAAGGGCGAUUAAGGUAAAGAUGACACCUCAAAUUCAAACAUUAUUUGUGUUUUUAAGUGAUGUUUCAAUGCUAAUGAGGUGAUAAAUUGGUUAUUUGUUCUUCAACACCAUAACAGCCACUGCCACCAUUCCAGAUAAUAACAUUCCUUCAACAACACAUGCAACCAAACUCUGGCUUUAGGACACCUGCACAAGCAUCCUUUUCACUAUAAAGGGGAGAUUAACUGCUGUGUGCGUGACAAGCCACUGACACAGUAAUGAAUGAGUCACAACAUACGUCAAGCAGGGCCUCUUUGGACUUAACCCUGGACUGUAGGUGAAAUAUUAUUGCAACAAAUAUUUGCUACUUGUUUUUCUGAUUUUGAGGCUGCUUGCAAAAUGGAUAAUGUUAACAUCGCUUAAAAGACUAAAACAAAAACAAAUCAGUUGCCAGGUGUUUACAUGUAUGAUUAUACCAAACACAAAAUAAUUUGGUUUUACCUUGAGAGAAAUCUUAAAAUUCAGAUGUUUUUAUUGCAGGAUGGUGGGUUUGGGAAAUUGUAUAUAUUAUUCCAGCUGGUUUAUGAUGCUUUACACAGAUUAUUGUUAAAAACACAGCAGUGAUGCAAUAUGGACGAAGACAUUACCUUGAGAUUUGUAGAUAAUAACAAUGCAAAGAGAGAGGCAAAGAGAAAAUGAAGUUAUCAUUGUUGUUUGGAGACACUUCAGUAAACUUUAUUACCGCUCUAAGAUCUGCAGGUUUGAUCUGGAUUAUUAAGUUCAAGCUGUCUCACCAUAAAGCCUAUUCGGUCCGUUUUCUCCUGUUGUUGGGUCUGCAGCGCUCCACAUAAAACUGUGCUCCGUUCCCUGAGUUGGCAUGUUCCACUCAGAGCCUGAAGCCAACAGCCCUCCAGAAAAGCUUCUCAGAGAGUCACACCAAGACGUGGAGGGGCCAUAGAUGGAGCUGCCAUCUAUCCAUGCUGUCACCAAGUUCACCUGCAUGUGUUGUACAUCAAUUAUUGCACUUCAAUUAAAAAAAAGGCUGCAGUAUAACAUGAUUAACAGUGACCCCCAGGACUUAUUGGGGCUACAUUUUUGCAGCAUUGUCACAUCUUUUCUUUGUAUUGAUCAGAGUUGACAAUAUGCACCUGUUUCCUAGGGUUACCAGGACUCUGGCCGGACUCUUUCUCCCACAAUCCUCUCUGGAAAGGCAGCAGGACUUUUCCAGUGGCGACGGGGUCAAAAACAGGGUCACCCUUUGGGACUGGGAUGUUCAUGAACUCAGGAGGACACCCGGGGGAUCUUGUGUCAAAUAUUUCAAAAGCAACAUGAUAACCUGAGAAGAAGAAUAUAAUUACCCAUAUUUACACAAUCAAUCAAUCAAAUUUUAUUUAUGUAGCACCAAUUCACAACAGUUGUCAUCCCAAGAGGCUUUCCAAAGAGAAAGAGCAGGUCUAGACCACGCUCAUUGUUUGAUGAAUUAUCAAGACCCGACCUAAGAUGGGACAGAUUUGGCCCAUCUUAUCUAACAUGAGUGACAGUGGCAAGGGAAAACUUCCUUUUAAUAGGCAGAAACCUUGGGAAGGACCAGACUUAUACUAGACAGCCACCAAGCCGCUGCUGGGUUGGGGAGGAAUACAGAGAGAUAGAGAAAGAGAGAGACACAAGAAUGUUCAGAAAAUAUAGAAUCAGUGUUUAAGGUAAUGGCUGGUUCAGUUAAUUAAAUUCACUUGUAAAUAUGUCUAGGGAUUGGCUUUUUUUGGUUUAUCUAAAAUUUUCAACAGGGGUGUUGUACUAAAAAAUAUUACAGUAGACAUAACUUACCUUUUUCAUAAGUGGGGGGAAAGUAGAAGUGCUGGCCCACCCCAUCUUUGUCAUUCAAUGUAAGUUUUAUGGGUAACCUGCUAAUCUGUCUGUCAUAUAACUUUUAAAACUGUAACUCAAAGCGUCAACUUUUCAUAUAUUUACCGAAGAACAGAGAAAGUACGGUCCGGUUUCGUGUUGAGGGCAGACCGGAGGGUCCAGCCACCAGCAACCUGCUCAGUCUGCGUGGGUUUGGGAGCUGCGGCUCGUGGACAGGUUGGUAGACUCCGUCCCAGUACUGCGCGGGCACGAGGCGCACAAAGUUUGACCCUGCGCGAGCACAGACCAAACACAGGCAGGUAAACCGUGAGCUCGUGAGCUUUGUUCCCGCUAUGGUGCUACCUCCUCAAUCUGAAAACUUACCGACGGCUCCGCGUCUUGGGUUUCCCAGACUGUUGUACCAGCCGUCAAAGCGAGGAGCCUCCCACUUCCUUUCACCGAGUGACUCUGUUCAGCACAUGUGAAGCUUUAACAGCGUUUCUGUCGGUGGUAUUUUGACUGAGGAAUAUGAAGCACAGUACGGCUGCAGUGUACUUACGUUCACACACACAGAGCACCAAGCCAACCAUUGAACAGAUACUCCAAACCCGUUUACGCAAAUCCAUUGGAGCGAGAGAUGCUCCUCAGCUCAGUCAGCAACCAAGAGGAGAGAAGUACUUCUGAAAAGAGAAGCUAAAGGUAACCAGCUUAAAUUUGCCUCAGCUGUGAUUUAAGAUAAAAGCUAGAAAGUAAAUGAGCAGCCAAACUCUACAGACCGUCAAAAGACUGUCCUCUGUCCUUAUUCCUCUUUGUACUCUAAGAGAAGAUGGUAAAGUUGAGCCUUACUCACCUAAGAGGCUGAAAUGUGAGGAAAUAAUUGUUGCAAGAGGACAGCUGUCCAGGUGAGGGAUGGGGCAAUACUAAAGCCAGUAUUUGUUGCACAGCAUAUCCCAAAAUGUGUAUGACCUGUGUUGCUGAAAUGGGACGGGUCAUUAUCUGUGGAUCACACCUACUUUUUCCACAGCAUUCAUGUCACUUCAUCCUCCCCCUCGGUGACCCGAAGAGGGACCAUGGUAUAAAAGACGCGUUUGUGUCCUCAACAUUCACACUUCAACUCAGGUGCUCUUCAGUCUGUGUCUUUGGACUUGGCAGGUAAGAGAGACAUUGUUGAUUUUUACAUUUUUGCUGUUUCUGUGACCUCUUUGUAACCAUUUACUCUGCUCAAACAGAUCAAAUACUUUUCUUUCAACUGCACCUUUUUACGUUACUCUGAUUUAGGCCUUCUUUGCAUUACAAAUACACUGAACUAGGUCUCAUCUCCUAUCAGGUGUAAUGAACACAAGCCCCUGUCACUAAAUCUGGGAGAAACUGAGAACCCAGUCACUAACACUGUCUUCUCUGUCACACCUUCAAGUCCCAGCUAGAUCCGGAGCUAAGAUGACUUUCUACGUUGACAUUUACCCAUUCUACACUCUACAAAGGUCCUCCUUCAUUUUCAGCGGCCGCUUGCUCACUGUUAUUCUGGUCUUCCUUAUGUUAGCAAUCAGUCUACUUCUCAUCCUGCCGGGAAUAAGAGGGAAGUCGGUGAGUGCAAACUUUCAGAUAAAUUAUUACUCACUGCAACCACAUGAUUAUAGUCUUGUGUUGCGCUUGUUAUUGAAAGUGCUGGAUAACGAAAUGCAUAAUUAAAUUACCCUUUCUAAUUCAGCGCACUUGAAAUAAACUUGAUCGUACACUUUCUCUUCCUACCAGAGGCUGUUCUGGAUGUUCAGAAUAAUCAUCAGCUUGUUUAUAGGUGUGGUAAUAGUGGGUGAGUUUUGUUCUUUUUUUUUUUUGUCUUUUUGUGUAAAUAGGUUUUCCUUUUUCCCGUUAAACCUUUGUGUUCUCUUCAAUGCAGCACUCAACUUUACGUGUGACUGGGCUGAGGCCAAAAUGACCACUAAUGCCACCUAUAAGUCUUUCAGCAAUGCCGUGGUCAAUGCUGACAUCGGCUUACAUGUUGGACUGUAUGGCAUCAAUGUCACGCUGAAGGGUGAGUCAUUUAUAACCGCUGAGAUGUUUACUUUUUCUCUUAAAAGAACCUAAAUCCUGUGUUUAGAUGCCUGCUUAAAAGCCUGAUAAAAUAUUCUAACCAUUAAAUGUGUCAAUUUCCUCCUUUUGUCUCCCAGGGAAUCCUGUUGUACAGCUGAAUGAGACCAUCGACUACAAUGAGAUGUUCAGCUGGCAUGAUUCUAUCGAAGACGAGUAUCAGGAAGCUUUGGAGAAAGGCCUACCCACCCCCAUCCUGUACAUAGCUGAGAAAUUCACCCUAGGCAGCCCGUGUCGACUCAUCUACCAGUACAAAUACUCAGGACGAUAUGCCUCUGCAACUCUCUGGUAACAUAAUACAUUUACAGUUCAACUUUGUAUUCAAAGAAAAGCUGUUUUGCAAAAUAAAAGGUGAAAAUAAUUUGUUUGCGUACUUCCACAGGACUGCGUUUUGCAGCUGGUUGCUCGCCAAUAUCCUCUUCUCACUGCCAGUCAUUCUCUAUGCUGGAUACAUGAUGAUAGCCACCGCUGCCCUCAUCUUCUUCUCCAUGGCGUCUUUCUCCACCAUCAGGAAUGUGCCACAGUGUGUUUUCUCCAUAGGAGCUGACUCCUUUGAAACAGAGUAUAGCCGUUCAUUCUGGCUGGCCUUGGGGACAGGUACAGAGAGAAGAAAACUGCUCAUUUAUUUCAUGUGUUUUUACGCUUUUGAGUGGCAGGUAGUGGUAGGUAGCUUUAAUCUGGAGAGGAAAGUGAUUUGCACUUACUGGAAAUCAUUUACAGGUUUGCUGUGCACCGUUGUCGGGAUUCUAGUCGUGAUGCUCAACUUUAUGAUGCCAGAAAAGAUGAAGGAGGCUUUCAGCGUUGGUGUGGACAGUUAUGAAGAUGAGGAAGCUUCUUAUGAGGAAGGCUACCUGAAUACAGUUUUCCUUGAUGGAGUGAAAAGUUUACCACUGACAUCAAAAACAAAGGUGAGUUGGUGAAACGAAGAGGGUGAUACCUCAUUUUAAUGCUAUUAGCAUUCAGUAACCAUUUACAAGAAGCAGCAGUGUUAUCUAUUGUCCUUGUAUGACUUUGUCGGUAACUUGACUUUGCUAUCCUUUUAUUGACGCAUAAUACAUUAUUCCACAUUUUUCACAUUUGUAAAUAAUCAAGUACAAAUAAAAGGAUGUAUGAGUAAAAUGAGACGAAUCACUCCUACAGUGUCUUGUCCAGCACAACACACCCUGACUAUAACUGAAUCCUGAGUGCUGCUUUGUAGUGUAAUUUCCAUGUCUGCUGCUCACUGACUCUUCAUUUUGUUUCUGUGUUUCAGAGAAAUUUUUGAAGCCAUCCGUGAUUGCCUGAAGAAGCUUUUACAGCCAGUACUUGAAGAUAAUGUUUCUGAAUGUGUUACAGACGGAGUGUUGUUAUUCCACGCCACUUUUAAUGAUCCCUUUGAGCCUUUGAGUGUUAUGUUUCUGUGAGAGAUCAAAUGUAAAUAGUUUUUGUAAAUAUCACCGACACAAUGCAGUAGUUGUGAGCACAAUUAUGUAGUACUGUAUGGGAUCCAUACAAUGUUUAUGUACACUAAAUUAAAAGUCACUGUUUCACUGUGCUGUUAGAAAUGAAAGAUGACUCUGACCUGCGGCCUCACAUCACUUCCCUGUUUCCUACUUUAUCCACACAGUCCUGUUCUGUCAAAAAUAAUAAAAGGCAAAAAGCCCCAAAACAAACGUUUUUAAAAAUAAAUGAAAUAUGAGCAAGUUCAACUGUUUCAUAGUGGUUAUUGUUUGACAGCCUACUCAGGAUGGCCUUGAAUUUUGCCAUGGCAACAACACAUGAUUUAGUCGUGCAAGGUUUCAGGGCAGUGCUGGUUGAUAUGCUUUUCUUUCACACUGUAUAACCUUCAAAUAAUUGUGAAAACAGGAGAGGUGUAAUGAAGAGUCGGUGCUUGUAUAAUACACUUAGCUUACCCUAUAUCUACUACUGUACUGUAUAUUGUGUUUGUUGCUACUAUGUUUUCCCUGUGACACCUCAAAAUAAAGAAAAAAACAACAAGGAUUGAGCUGUG